UUCAUUACUUAUUUAAGUUUUUAUUUCUUGUGAAUACUUUGCAUACGUCUAUGUGUGAGGUGUGACAUCAUAUGAAGAUAACAUGCAGUUUUAUAACAAUAAAUGUUGUGUUGAUCUCCAUAUCUCUUCAUUUCGACCCCAGUACGGGCAGUGACGCUAGUGUCAGUACUAGUGUGUGAGCACCGCAGCGAUGAAAUUCAUUGUGUGUCUCUUCUUGUUGUUGGUGAUGCUGGGCGGUUUCCAAUGCGCACCAUGCGGGUUGUUGCGGCGGUUGUUCCAACCCCUCCGAAGUCGCGUUAACGUCGAGAACAAACUAAUUAACAACGGUGACCACAACGUCAUAUAUGCGAGGUCCACGUUGCUGCAUCCUGCUCGAAAUGAGUUGAUAAAUAAUGGCCACCACAACACAAUAUAUUUGCGCACCACACCAUUUACCCGAUAUCACAAUCGGCUCGUGAACAAUGGUCAUGAUAACGCAAUUUAUGUACGCCCCUCGCUGUUCAGACCUUAUGAAAGAGUAUUGGUUUAAUCAAAUAUUUAAAACGACUGUUGUAUGAGUUUGAAGAAAUAUGAAUCAUGAUUAUGUAUGAUAUGUAUAUGUUGUAGAAACUAUAUUAUAUAACAUUGUCUUUCUUGAGC